AUGACACAACGUCUGUCGGUGUGCAAGAGCAGGCUGCUCAGUGAGGAAACUGCUGCUGCAGUGGCUUUCCUGCAGGUUGUAUCCUGGGCAGGACUGGCCGUCAGGAGGGAGUUCUCAGAGCUGCUGGAGAAGUUUGGCUCCCAGAGCAACACCGGCUCUGCACGGAGCUCGCCAGUCCUGCAUGGCGGCAGUCGAUACCUGGAAAGCACAUCCUCAGGCUCCUCCUCGCGCUCCCAGAGCCCGCUGCUGCUGAGCCCAGCCAGCUCCCACGGCCCCUUCAUCGGCAACCCGGCGCAUGCACCCCACGCACACUACUCCAUUGAAUCAGGAAUCCAGAGCAUUUCUAUAGCAAAGUCCUCUGGCUUAGGGCUGACGGUCAGUGGUGGAGCCAACAGGCCUGAUGGUCCCAUGGUUUACGUCCAAGAACUUACACCAGAUGGUGACUGCUACAAGGACGGUCGGCUCCGACCCGGUGACCAACUCAUUGCUAUCAACAGAGAUUCUUUGGUGGGCAGCACACUGGAAGAGGCCAGAAAAAUUAUUGCAAAAGCCAAAUUCAGACAUGAGGGAAACACAGAAGUGGCCUUUAUUCCUGGAAGGGGACGGUUACAUCCCGGACUGUCAGCUCAUAACAGCAUCCCAUCACCACCACCGAAGGCUGUGGGAAAUGGGCUGAGCUCCUGCAGACUGAAGGUCCACGUGAGGUCCCCAGAGAGUAGACAUGAAAACCAUUUUCCUGUGCCUUCUUUGUCACCAGAUAUCUGCCCACCAGAGCUCACCGUCUCAGGGAGAGGAGAUGCUUUUGCCCUGGCUCACCGUGCCUGGGAGAGCUCCAGCUUUGCUGAGAGCUGGCAGCAGCCACUGGGGCGUUCCCCAGAAGAGCCCCGAGAUGCUGCAGGGGGUACCCGCACUUUGGGACGCCCAAACCUUGUGCUGAGGGAAUCUACAGACAGCGAUACCCCAACCUGGGGGUGCUUAUGCCAUGGGGUGCCCACAUCCCGGGAUGCUCGCACUGGGGGUGCUCGGGGCGGCCCCACAAACCGCAGCACCGGGUGGGAUGGGAGCACCCGGCAGAAGCCAACCUGGGGCUGGGAGCUGAGCUUUCGGUACCGCUGCGGGGACUCUCACCUCUUCUUCUGCACCGAGGGGCUGUACUUCCCUUUGUUGCGCUUCCUGAACAGCGAGUGCAUCGCGUCCCCGGCCGCCGCCCGCUCUCCUCCUGCUCUUCCCCCGCUGCCGACGGGAGCCCUCUGA